AAGUGAACGGCCUGUGAUGUGAAGCUCCCAAGCCCAAGCUAAAGCUGCCACAGACAAGCACCCUCAGCAGCACAAUGCGAUUCCUCAACUCCCUGACGCCAGCCCUCGCGCUGUUUGCGGCCGGUGCCGCGCAGGCCGCCUCAUCAUGGGGAUUUGACAGUGCAACUGUCUCAAUCACUGGCAAGGGCAAGGAUGCCACCAAGGAGAAGUUGAGCGCGAUAUCUCCCCUCAAGACUGCCCUCUCUCUGGGAGCCAAAGAUACUCUCAAGGUCAUCUUGACGGCCAAGGAGGGCGACAAGGCCAAGCGCCCGCACCAGGCCUUCUUGAUCCUCAAGGAGACCGAGUCUGGCCUCGAGGCCCCCUUCCCCCUUGAGCUUAAGGACACCGGUCGAGGCGUUGUCGACAUUGCCCAGAAGGACCUCCCCGUCCAGCUCCUCCUCGCCAACGAGCCCCUCAAGGCCAGCAUCGUCAUCGGCUCCUUCGGUGCCGCCAAGGCCCUCGAAACCACCCUCUUCGAUGUCUCCGUGAGCCGCGACGCCAGCGCCGCCGCUCCGACCUACGACGCUCCCCUCCGUUACGGCAAGCAGCCCGAGAUCAGCCACAUUUUCCGCGAGGACCCCCGCAGCCCUCCCAAGAUCAUCUCGCUGGCCUUUGUCAUUGCCGUUCUGGCCACGAUUCCCGUUCUCCUCAUUGGCUGGCUCUCUCUCGGCGCCAACGUCAACCACAUCCAAAAGGCCCUCGGUGCCGCGCCUCUCUCCCACGUCGCCUUCUUCGGAUCCAUCGUCGCCAUGGAGGGCGUCUUCUUCAUGUACUACAGCGCCUGGACCCUCUUCCAGACCCUGCCCGCCGUCGCCAUCGUCGCGACCUCCAUCUUCCUGAGCGGCACCAAGGCCCUCGGCGAGGUCCAGAGCCGUCGUCUCUCCGGUCAGCGGUAAAAUGCUGUUCUCGUAGGAGGACUGCACUCUCUCAGACAACAGAAGCAUGACCUUCCACAGGAGUGUGGACGAAGGUGGCAAGGCAAUGGGGAAACAAUCACGAGGUUUGCUUACCAGACCAUGCCAUGGGCGGUUCAGGUCUUGGCACCAAAAGCUAAAGGGGCCUAAGAUGGGGUGCGGAGGAAAGAGAAGCCCCAAUUGUACAUCAGCAUACGUCACGACAGCAUCCGAGCAUCUGUGAAUUAGACACAAGACCAAGAGUCAAAUAAAAAGGGUGAUUUCGUACCAGGAAAAUCAAUGUUCAAAGUAUCUAUCAGUGAAGUACCUAACGCCACGCUCGCUCUAUUUAUCACACAAAAGAAACCAGCAAGCAGUCAUCCCUAACAUCCAAUGACCACAUUUAGGCCUUUUCCGGACGCUCCUUCUCAUCACCAUUCCCCAAAACCUCGACGCUCCGACUCGCCUCAACGCCAAUGUUCAUAGACGAAGGUCCGGCAGCAGAAUACGCAGGCGGCGGCACAUCGUCGCCUGUAGAAGCCCGCCUCCUCUCCCCAACGCCCUCCUCCUGCCCAGAUGACGGGCCAGCACGGGAAAUGUUGUUUCCAUUGUUGUUGAAAUAUCCCUGCUGCUGCUGCUGCUGCUGCUGCUGCUGCUGAUAAGGUCCAGCAACGCCCAUGAACCCAGCAGUAUCAUACCCGUACCGUCCCCUCCUGCCCCCGCGCUGCUGCGCCCUCAUGGCAUAGACAACAGCCUUCCGCUCGUCGCGCGCGGCUCUGCGCUCGCGUUUGGCCUCGCGGCCUUUGCCAAAGGGGAGCGCGACUUUGCAGAUGCCACAGGGCUGGCCGUCGGGUCCCGUGUGGUUGUGGCCUUCGUGGGGGCCGGCGACGGUACUGGGGCCAGCACUGCCGGGGGUUGUGACGGGGGGGUGGUUGUUGUGGUUGUGGCCGUAGGGGUUCCGGCCGGCGGCGGCGUGGACUACGGUUGAGACGAGGCCGGUGAUGAGACCCAUUGUGUGAGGUAGUGUGGUGUAUUUGCUUCUGGGGUUGGAGGUCGGAGGCUGGAAAGCUUGGUGACGGAUGAUGAUACUGGUUGUGGCUGGAACAAUGGACAAAGACUUGGAGAUGGAUUUGCUGAUAUGAUUCAGGUGAUGGAUGUGUGCCGAUUUAUUUGAGGAAAGAUCUUCAAAGUGUGCUGUCUGAUGAUGUUUGAUGCUCGGUGAUGCUUGAUGCUUCUGAUGCUCCUUCAAAUCCAAAAAUCCAAACCAUCAGGAAUCUUCCAACCCUUUAUAUCUAGCUCCCUCCAAAGCACAAUAUCAACAAAGAAUGGGGAAGACUACCACCCAUCGUCUCCAUCUCGAUUUCCACAAGCCCAUAUCGGCGCCCUCCCAGCUUCCUUCCCCCCAUUGGGAAGUCGAUUCGAAAGCGUUCCCCCAGAGCCCCAGAGGCGCACAGCGUUCUGGCGUAGCGGGCAGGACAACUACCCAGCAGCGAAUCUCCUGCCAAGCCACGGUAGCCAUGUGGGGCCAGCCCGGCACCGUGCUGCCGGAUCCGCCCAAGUUCAACCACUCGAAGCGGCCCUCGCGAACCCCGGAGGCGCCCCUCUUUCGA